ACAAAAACAAACGAAAUCAAAACAAAAUGCCUGUGUAUUUGUAGUAUCACUGUUAAGUUCAAGGUUGAGACUUCUCUGAUCGUUUUUCUCUUGGAAUGUGUGAAAUUUUCUCUCGAUUCAGUGUAUUUUAACAUCAAUUGAUUGCAAGCAGGAAUCGUGCACGAUGGAGAUAGACGAAUCUUUCCUAGGAACCCCAGACUUCGAUGAUAUGGCUCAAGACGUCAAAGAGAGUUCAAGACGAGGUCGCAAACCUGGUAGGAAGGCUGCGGAAAAACUGGAUAUGAAGGCUAAACUUGAGCGCAGCAGACAAAGUGCCAAAGAGUGCAGAGCCAGGAAAAAGCUGAGGUAUCAAUAUCUUGAGGAUCUAGUUGCUGAGAGAGAGAAAGCAGUUUUUGCUCUGAGGCAAGAGCUUGAAAAGUACCGGAUAUGGAUUCAUGAAAUCAGUGAAGGGAAGAUACCUGAAGGUUUUCAUCUUUUCAUCGAAGAAAUGGGCUGCAUAAAGCAUGAAAGCCACUGAGUUCCUGUACUUGUUGUUUACUUAUCAGUGUUGAAUGCAUGAGAAUCCGGAAAUGACAGAAGGAUAGAGGUAAACACAUUUAUAUUUUAAGGGGGGAAAAAGUCAUUGUCUAUUACAUUAUUUAAUUUUCCAAAUGUCCUCAGUAUUUUGCCUCAUAAACCAUUUCUUUAAAAGAAAUUUGAAAUCAAUGAGCACUCUACUUUACCUGGAUCUUUUUUGCAUCAAAAAGAUUAUCCUUUUUCAAGAGGUGUCUAUUUCUUUUUUGCCAAUAAAUCGAAGCGAUAUGGAACAAAAUAAGCAUUUUUAUACAAUAAAGUAUUCAGAAACUAUGAAAUACUUUUUGUGCUAAGGAACCAUCAUUUCUGACCUAUUCAUACGCAGGUAAAUUAAUGGCACAUUUAGUAUUUCCAAAGUGAAGCAGAAACAAUGCUUCCUUUUUGAAAAUUAUUGUCAACGUAAUUUUUAUUAACUUGAAAACUUUUCAACGUUUUACUUUUUAAUAAAUUAUCAGAUGUGUCUGAAAAAUGAAAUCACUUCUACCAGACCAUUCAGGAGACCUACUUCUAAUCAAUGUAAGUUGUUCAAGAGACACUGUCAAUGAACCUAUCUUUGAUGUACACACAAGUUGCAUCAUUGCCCAAAGUAGUCAAAGUCUUUCAAGUACAAGAAAAAAAGAAAAUAACCCUUUUCUUACUCAGGCUUUCCUCGAACCUAUUAAAAAUGAUUCUUUUAGGCAGUCAGUAAGAUGACAUGAUGUACAUUUUAGGACCCUGCAAGAUGGCUUUAGGAUUAUCCUAAGGUUACUUCAAAGAGAUUUUAAAGAAGAAAUGCUAUUGUAAAAUUUUCUGACAAUGAGGCAACAAAGUACAGUGGAAUGUGUGGCUUCUUUAAUAAAAAUUUGCAUAUUAGUACUCAUUGGUUGUGUCCAAACUUAACUGAAGUAAUACGUUGUUUGAAAUUACAGCAAAUCAAGUUUCAGGGAUGCAGAAACUUCUCGACCACUUGGUCAGCAAGUUCCUUAUACAAGAAUGGUGAAAACCAGUUUUAAAAAUCGGAGGCAACAGCAUAAAAGUUUUCUUAUUUUUCUUAAAAUCUCACCAACUUGGAAAAAAGCAAAAAAAAAUCUUAUUAUGAAGGUCUUGGGGGAAAAUAAGGACCAUCUUGGAAAGAGGCCAAGAAUUUUCUGCAUCCCUUGCAGGUUUGACACUAUAUGUUCCUUGAUGUGUUGAAAAAUUGUAACCCAAAGUUUAAAAGGGUAUUUUAUUAAUUCGUGUUCUCGUGCAAUCGGAGUAAUUUCUAACUAGCGUCUCCCAAAGCUAACUGUCGAACAAAUAUGCUUUGAUAUCGGGAAAGCUCGUAACUACCUCUAAGUAUAUCUGUCCAAUCAUUUGUGUUUUUUAUGCUCUGAAAAUAUUUAACAUAUUAAUGUCUUAACUACUGGAUAAUCUAGUGGAUAAAUUCCUUAAAUACUCUUGUACUGAUUUAUUGCCACCAAAUCCCACCUCAAAAAUUUUAAGUUUCACAACAUAAAAAGUACCUUACCUGUAAAAAACUUACAGAAUAGAAAGUCUGGAUUAUCUAAGGUAACUCUUUGCUUAACCUGUUUGCACCUGAAUAGCCAUAAUUCUACGUAAUCAAACCUGCUAGGCUACGACUUACAAAGUCUAUUAGAGCUGUGAUGUAUCAGGUCCAUGAGUAAUUUUUACAUCUUCUCUAUUUUCGUAUGUGAUUUAUCAAUAGUUUUUGUUACUUAUUGUUUAUGUGUAUAUUUAAGUUUACCAAUAUUUCAUAGUAUAAGUACCAUACUUUGCUGUUAAAGUUGUAAUUUUGUGUUAAUAAAUCUGAAUUUUUUUUUUA